AUGCUGGCAGCUCUGGCUAUUCUUCUCUUCUUAUCUUCAGCGAUUCAAUUCUCUGCAGCAAAAACAGAUGCCAUCACUCAACUGUCUGUGCUAGUAUUGGUCCCUUAUCCUGACUUCAAUCCUAAUUCAGGUUGGUCCAAUGGUAUUGAACUAUUACCAGCUGCUAGGAUUGCCGCUAGAGAAAUGAACAACAGAGCUGAUAUUUUACCAGGAUAUAACUUAUCACUAGUUGAGGCUUCAUCUGAUGCUUGUGGAUGUAUCACUGCUCCUAUUGGUCUCUCUAACUUUGUCCGCUAUGCAGUAAAUAAUAAAAUGUGUAACCAAGUAAUUGCAGUUACAGGAUUAGUGUGCUCCACUGUCACUGAGGCUGUAUCACCAAUCGCAGGACGUCCUGAAGUUGACAUAAUACAACUCUCGUUAUCAAUUUCUCCAUUAUUAAGAGAUACUGGCAAAUACAGACGUCUUUGGCAUUUGCUGCCUUCUUCAACGAUAUUUGUACAUACGACCAUGUCCCUCAUCAAACACUUUUCAUGGAACAAAAUAACAUUAUUAUACAGUGAGGCUAAUGUACUCACUGAAUCAACUACUGAUGCUUUUAUUGAUAUUCUAUCAAACACUACCAUACAACAUGAGAUCAUUGGAAUCAGGAGUAGUCCGAUCUUCAUACACAAAGCACUUGAUCUCACUGAAGCAGAAUCAAAUCGUAUCAUAUUUGCAUCAAUAUCUUCUCUGGAUGAUUUGUCUCAUUUGAUGUGUGAAGCUUUUAGCAGAGGGCUAAUCUGGCCUUGCUAUGCUUGGAUAUUCCAACUGCUAACUUACAAUGAGGUUCUACUCCUGGAGCAGUCCUUCUGCACUCAGGACUCACUCAUUCAAGCACUGAACAUGUCACUGAUACUGAACUACAGGCUAGACAAUAACAAGGACAAUGAUGUACUUGUAUCAGGUAGAACCUAUGGACAGUUUCGUAAAGAGUAUCUUGAUGAACUACAAAAGAUAAAAUCAGAAGACUUUGUACAGGAUUAUUUGUCUGGUGGGUAUGUUAUCAAUGAUAAUGGUAAUCUUUAUUCCAAUCCAAUGUAUGAUGAGCUAUGGGCACUGGGUCUUGCCAUCAAUAGCUCACUGGCUGACAUGAAGAGAAGAGGUCUAUCACUAAAUGAAUACUCGUACAACAAUACUCCAAUAACCAACCUAAUACAAGAACAUUUGAAUGACGUAAAGUUUAAU